AUGGGACUGAAACAGGAGCAUUUUGACGAAAUAAUUCCCGGAGAAUUUAUUUGUACCCAUUGCCACGAUGUAUUUCUAGAGCCAGUUUGCUUAGCUUGUCAACAUGUGCUAUGUAAAAAGUGUUUCAAGAAGAGGAUGAAACGCAAAACACCUACGUGUCCUGUUUGCAAGAAAGCCCUGUAUUUGGGCGACCAAAAUACUGAUGGGGAAUGGAGAGAGCAGUACGAAAGCCUGCAAGUUAACUGUCCGAAGGGAUGCGAGAAAGUGUUGUCGCUAGGAAAACUAAGUGAUCAUUACGGUAAUCACUGCCCACUGACUUUCACUGUUUGCGUGAACAUCGGUUGUAAUCGGAAGGUACGGCGAAGAGACCUUCCAUUACACCUCCAAAGUUGUGACUUCAGAGUCGUACAGUGCGAGGGAUGUGGGUUCUCAACAAAAUAUGUCGAUUUACGAAUGCAUCAAAUCGUUCAGAAGUGUCUCCUAAGGACUCGUUUGCACAUGAUUGUGCAGAACCGCCGUGAAAUGACCGCGCGAGUGAAACAGCAUCGUCUGAAACUGCGGGAGGAAAGUUUUCAAGUGGAGCUCGAGGAAAGAGAUUUGAAUCGCGCAAAGAUGUGGAGUGCUAUUGCCAGGAACGAAAUUUCAAGAACAAGCAGUGCGAAUCAUCUUUCAUACGGAGGGAGACAGUCUCCAGAAAUUACUCGUUACAAAAGAGCUUUAUCGAGAGUGGUUUAUAGCGCUCCAUCAUCUCCGGUGAUGUCCUCUGCAGUGACAUCUAAAACUCUUGCUAGUGACACCAAACUAUGUACUAAUUGCAAUAAGCUUUUCAGCGAACACCGUAAUCAUGAGGAAGCUUGCAGGUGGCACAAAGGGGUAAGUGACUUUUCUCUUUUUUUAUGAUAAGUUCAUCACUUUGUUCCCAUGCAGCUAGCAAACUUAGUAUAGGUAGGGAGGGGAGGGUGCAGCAGACAGGAGGGUUUUUAAUUAAAAAGUGGAGAGUUUAGAGAGCCCUCGUAAGUGCACAUUGGAACAUAACAAAGCUUGGGACAGUGUCUCAUCGUCUUAAACAGUAGAAUAUACUCCAUGCUGAUGACAACAAGUAGUUGAAAACGGUGUGUAAUUUGCAGCCUCAUUUUUUUAACUUUGGACGAAAGCCUCCACUCAGGGUGAAAAUAUGCACAGAUAUUUUUCCACUGACAUUGUCUGUUCUGAGAUGUUAACACUUUUGCAAGUGCAAAGCAUGAUACUAAUAAUUUUUACAAUCAAAAAAAGCAAUCUGUGGUCCCCAUUCUGUUAUUUUUAACAAAAUGAUAAAAAUAUCAAUUGUUUGUCUUACUGAUAAUAAAGUACUUGCAUAUAUACUAAAAAUCAAAUAUAAGCAAGUUUACUUUGUCUCUUUCAUUUCCUUCUCAUUUAUGUGUUGAAUCUUACCUGACAUCAACAGCCGGUAUGUACAUUUAACAUCUAUCUGUUGAAUACUUUUUCUAUUUAACAUUAAUUUGUAAAGUAUUAUCAAUAUACAAUACAUGAGUUUACCAAGUCCCCAUUCUUGAAAAACUUAAUGCUACAGUGCUUCCAAGUGGAGCUGGUGUUUGUUGCUAGAAACUCUCUGCUUUGUUUCAUAACAUUUUUAAUCUGUGUUAGUUUUGAUACUAGCUUCAGGGUGUUAUUUGAGAAUUUACAAUUUUUUUUAGGAUGAGACUCCUCAAAUGAAGGUUAACCUCAUCCAAGUAAAAGAUUUACAAUCAGCCAUUCCCAAAAUACAACCCCUUCCCGACCAAGUUUAUGUUUUAUAGUCAAUUAGAAACAGACAAUUCAAAGGUGCUGUAAUCCAUUUAAGUUGAAAUUCAACAUCUUUCCUCUAAUCUGGAGUUAAACCUGUACAAUAGAUCUGAUUUUUUUUUAUUCCUUCUUUUAUGUGCCAUGGAAAGGUUGUGGAUGUGGUAAGUGACUAAUUUGUUUUUUCAGACCUAGGAAUGAUUUUAUUACUUAAUCAACAACUGCAUCCGUUAGUGGAGGUUGGGUGCCUGAAACAUCCAGGGGCUUACACUAUUGACAGCCAGCUCCUAGAUGGAGACUUCUCCCAUGGCUGGAAAAUCCUGGCAACCUAGUCAUACAUCCCCACACAGGAAAGGGAAAAAGGCACCUGCCACACUGAAUAAACAGUAGAAAGAAGGAGGGAAGUGGGUGGGGAAAACUGCCACUCCUCAUAAUGCUGCAGGUUCAUGCUCAAAGCCUGAGACCAAAGGCACAUGGAAUUCUGAUGCAUGUGCAUAUGCAAAAAAACUGCUGACUACUAGAGAAUGCUGAUGCUCUUUGUCAUUAACUUCAUUAAAUUGCAUUUAACUGCAUCGUAAAAAAGAAAAUAAACAAGUUAAACUUUUGGGUGAAUCCAAUUACUCAUUUAUGUCAUGUGACUUGACUCUGAAGAAAACAUAAAUGGAAAUUAUUACUUCCAGCCAAAUUUGAAGAGUAGCAAACAGUUUGUAAAAUUAUCUCAAGAACACAAUAUACAGACUGUUCCCCAGAGAAACCUUUUUUCCUUUCUUAUUUGUCACCCUCAUGUUGAAUUUCAUAGGAAUUUGAGUUACCUUAAAACAGAUCAUGUCUGCUAUCACUAAUUUUUCUUUUGUGUUUCUUUUCUUCCAACUGUGACAAUGUCCUUCUCUUCAGUUUGUAAGUAAAAUUCCUCUUUAAUUUCUAACUUUGUUUUUUUAAUAUGAAAUACUUGAAUGGGAUCUACACCAUUCUACAUUUUAAACAGGAGUUGUUUUUACUUGAUAUUGUUUUGUUUAUUUUUUAAUCAGUUUUGACGUUAGUAUUGAAUCAUAUACUGUAAGAAAUAGCAUUUAAUUCUACUGGAGAACAGAACUCACAAUAUUUGAAAUUUUCUGUUUAUUCAUUUUACAAACUAGUUUAUGUAUUUUAUAUGACAUAAGAGUAAUUUAUCAAUUGAAUAUCAUGUUAUUGCUACGUAUUACAUGUGGCUGUAAGACUAUAGCAAUAUAAAACAAUUGAAAUUGACUAGAAAUAUUUUUGAUAUGCAAUAGUCUGUGAGUAGACUUGCAUGUAUUCUCAGCGCAUAUGGUAAAGUAUAGGGAUGCUGUAGCUUAAAUCUGUUCUUGUUUUACCAAUGAGACUACAAAAAUAGCUAAACUAACUCACAGUAAUGAUUUAAUACUAAUUUUUGUUGUUAUGUUUGUUUUUCAUAUGUCUGGCUUGCUUUUGCAGGGGGUAAGUUCUUCUUCUUACAUCUGAUUUCCCAAAAUGGUUACAGUUCAUAUUUAAUGCAUUAAAGGUUUGAGCCACCAGCAAGAUUUUGUUGAAACAGGAAAAUAUUUUUUCCGCUGAAUUUUUGCGUUUCAUGGAGCCUUGGAAAAAACUGAAAUUUGAGGGUAACAUUUUUUAGUGUUUUGUUAUAUAACACAACAAAGACAAUAGAAGAUGUAAAGAGAAAACUAAUUGAAAAUGUAUUGAUAAAUUACAUGAUGCACACCAGUCAAAUGUCAUCUCAAGCCACCUUCAAUCAUGCUAUGAUCACAUGCAGGUUCAGUUGUUGGUUAAUUCUUGUAGUUAACAGUGCACUGUUAGCCUUUGACUUUAUGAAUUUUGCAGUUUUGCCUGAUAAGAGAUGUUUGAUUUGAAAGUGUGCUAUUGUGAAAAACAUUUCCAACUACAAUGUAUAAAACCUUUAUGGUUGCAUCCAUUGAAUAAAUAGUGGUGAAUUUCAUGUGCAAUUAUUAUUAAUGGUAAAUUUACUUAUUUUUUUCAUUAUAUCAAAUGUCUCCUGACAACAAUAAAAAAUUUGAAGGGGGUAAGUACUGAAAAGUUGUUCAGUUUUACUGAAAUCUAAGCAAUAAGUUAAAUUUUAAGCAAUUAUGUGCUUUGAUUCAUAGUAAGUUAAAAUUAAAAUGUUCUGAAUGAAAUCUUCAAAAUAAUUGCUUAGAUUUACAUGGAUUUCAUUUAUGUGUUUUUUAACAUGCAAUAAUAUUCUGCCCAAAGUAAUUUACUUCUGUUCUUUUUUCUUAACCUGUUAUCUGCAACACAUUUCUCUCCUCUUCAUUUCAAAGAUGGUAAGUGACUACACGUCUAGACAUUUAUUACAAUUAUAGCUGUUGUUUUAGAAAAUAUACAAUGCCUCCCACAAAGGAGGCAUAGUAGAUUCCUACUUGUCUUUAAAAUAAGAUUUUAAGUUGGUUUUUGACCCCCUUCUCCCUUCUGUUGGAUUUCUGUGGACUCUAAAUAUACUGUGCCUCCCACAAUGGAAAUUUUGGCAAGAACCCUGACUUUUCUCCUCUUGAUUCAUACUUGUCUUUAAAAAAAGGAUUUUGACCCCUCUCUUCCCUUCUCACCCUAAUCUGAAGAAAUAACCUGAACCCUAAUCAAAGGGAAUGGAUGUUUUCUGGAGUCUCAUUAAUGCAAGAUUUGUAUUUCUUUUGUAGAUAAUUUAUUUACUAAGCUAAUCAAACUGAAUUUAAAAUGUACACUACUGAAAAGAGAAUGUUCAAAAUGUAACACACUCUUAAAAUGUGACACAACAGUUUUUUGUCACUCUCUUGUUAUCUUAAAUUUAUAUCAUUAUGAUUGUUGUUGAUGACAGUGUCAAGCCUGUGGUAAACUUGAUAACCUGGAGGGAUGUAUGAGGGGCCUCCAUGUAUCUGUUGAUUCAAGAGACAAGAAAGCUGGAAGAACUAUCAGUGCCUUUCUUACAUGAAGAGUCUUGGAAGAUUUAUUUGGAUACUGCUAUGAACUUUUCAUCUCUUGUUGAAUAGAAUUUAAAUUUAAUUAUUCGCACUUAAACUUUGUAGUUACUUUUUGGAUGUUUUCCAACCAAGAAUUUCUGACAUUGUGAAUGUUAGCUUUCUAACCACCCAUUAGUUCUUUAUAAAGAGGGAUCCAAAUAUUUAUUCUGCUUCAGGAUCUGAGGAUCUAUAAAAUAAAUUUCAUAUUAAUAGACAGCAAUGUUAAAAGACAAGACAAAUAUCAUUCUUGUGAACAACCAACUAAAGAUUAAUUUAUAAGUAGCAUUAUCCUUGACAAUACAGAUAUGUAAUGUAAAUUUCUAUUUGCAUCCAUGUGUGUAAAUCAAGCUACUGUUUCAGAAGUGAAAGGUAUUUUGAAAAUUUGUGUUAAAACAGCUAGUGCAUUUAAUGUAAGUUUGCUCUCUAUCAACAUCUGUACAGAUUUAAUUAAUUAAUAGAGAAAAUAAAAGUUUGUGUUCUUUAUACAGUAUUAGC